AAGGCAUCAGUCAGCUACCUAGGUACGCAGUUUCCCUGCUGAAGCUGGCCGUGACGCGAGCAUGGAGCUGCCUGAGCUGCCGUACGCCCCAAGUCGACCUCAAAGAUCCCCAUCUUCCAUUCCAACUACAACCUCACACGCCCUUUCCACGACCGCCACCAUAAGAGUAAUCAGAAUCCCACAUCGCUGAUUCUCACGAUCUUUCAUACCCAAACAAUCUCGCCUAGGUACCCUGCUCGCCGACCGCCGAGAUGGACAGCCUUGUAGCCAAGUACAGCCGCCCGGUGUUCGAGCAACACAACGCCUUCAGAGACGAUGAGCAGGAGGACCUUGAGCUCAUGGGUGGUGCACCGCCUUUGUCGUUGAAGUUUGCCAUGCCCCCCGUCGCACAUCCCUCCUCGUGGCUCCGCGCAGCAACAGACGACCGAUCCAAUCCCGACUGCCCCAUCAAGAUUGCCCACGGCACAACGACCCUCGCCUUUCGCUUCCAAGGUGGUAUCAUCGUCGCCACCGACUCCCGUGCCACGGCUGGAAACUGGAUCGCCUCGCAAACAGUCAAGAAGGUCAUUGAGAUCAACUCGGUGCUGCUGGGGACCAUGGCCGGCGGCGCGGCCGACUGCCAAUACUGGCUCGCCUGGCUCGGCAUGCAGUGCCGCCUCCAUGAGCUCCGUCACAAGCGCCGCAUCUCGGUCGCCGCCGCAUCCAAGAUCCUCGCCAACCUUGUCUACUCGUACAAGGGCAUGGGCCUCAGCAUGGGCACCAUGUGUGCCGGUGUCACCAAGGAGGAGGGCCCCGCGCUCUACUACGUUGACUCGGAUGGUACUCGCCUGCCAGGCAACCUUUUCUGCGUUGGCAGUGGUCAAACCUUCGCCUAUGGUGUCCUGGAUGCCGAGUACCGCUACGACCUGACGGACCAGGAGGCGCUCGACCUCGGCAGCCGGAGUAUCCUGGCCGCGACGCACCGUGACGCCUACUCUGGUGGUUUCAUCAACUUGUACCACGUCAAGGAGGAGGGCUGGGUCAAGCACGGCUUCAACGAUACGAAUCCUAUCUUCUGGAAGACGAAGCUGGAGAAGGGCGAGUUCACCAACGUCACGGCCGACUUGGACUAGAUAUUGGGGGGAAGGGACUGCGAUGAAUCGUCGCUGAACUCAUUCAGAUCAUGGAAUUCUAUACAAACCAUUGAACUCAGCCGGUCUCUUAGCGUGGCUGAGCAGGACCAGCGGCAUUACCCCGUUUUCCCUAUGUGGUGCAGGAGAAACAAGGAACGACAUUGAUUCCUGUGCGUCGGAAUGGAUAGAGCGGUUAUGGUACGGCAGGCGAUGAUGGGAGGAAGGGCAGCUGCAGGAGGAAACACGGGCUGCCAAUGCCAGGCUGUCUCCUCAGGCAUCGGUACUCAAGAAAGGGUGCUGGUGUCAUGUAACUUGUAAACUAGAUCAUGAUACAAGUUCAUUCUUUACGCCUUCUGUCGUCCUCUAC